AAGCACAACCCUGAGGUCUGUUGGGAAACCAAGCAGGUGAAGCUGUUGCAUUGCCCUUGUGAGUGCCUCGACCUUGCCCCAAGGAUAAGAGUGGAGAGACUGGCUGAGGAACAAGAGGCUCAGGACAUGGAAUACCUCUAUCUGAAGCUUUGCUCCACCAGGGUAAGAGCUGGUACCACCAAGGAACUCAUCCCAAAGGAGUACCACCAGUACCUCAAGGUUUUC